ACGUGCAGCAACACUGGACUUGUAUAUGAAAAGCGAUGACCUUUUCCGGACAGUCAAGCUGGGGCCUAACUCGACGCCCCCUAAAGGCUUGGAUCUUUGCUCCUUCUCUGGAGCCGUUAGAACGUCGCCAAGAUAUCUUGGUGGAAUCAGUUUGCAACGAGUGGCGCCGUUCUGCCAACCGGCUGCUCAAGCAAAGUCUACGCAAGGAUCGCAAAACAUGGUCGUAUGAGCGUGCUUUAGAGACGGCGACCGCUGCCCUCUCUGGCAACACUCGCAAACGUUUCCAACUCAUUCGGUCCACUGGCCUCAGGAAGCUUGAUGUCAGUGAGUUCAUCUGCGAGGUGGAUGAGUCUGAGAUCACCAACCAACAGAGGCGUAUGGACCACUGGGUAGAGCACUUUCACUCGCAGUUCAACUGGCCUCCACCAUCCAUCAGUACAUGCAGUACACCUUGUUGCCCACCCUGGCUCGUCCCACUG